AAGCAGCGUUAAUUGCGCUGCUAGUAUCUGUAAUCUGUUGUGUAGUUUUUAUUACGAUUUCUAGUAUCGUAGCCAUCCAUUUUUAUAAACAUAUCCCAGAGAAUGUGUACCUUCUGUACUGUUGCGGCGUAGUUUGGGAUUGCCAUACUACCGCGUCAUAUAAAAUCGCAUUUGAUAUUCUAUACAAACGUUUAUGCUAGUGGUAACCCAAAGGUCAAUUUGAAUUCAUGGAUACGUGGAAGGAAUAUAAUCAGGUUGAGGUGGACGAGGAACUGAAGAAUGCCAAAUGCCUCAACUUAUGUGAGCUACACCUUAUUUUGGGUGAUCAACUACGCCUGCAACACAAAAGAAAUGAAAACGCUAAACAGUUAAUCAAGACAUCUCACGAAUAUGCAAGCAGAUUUGCCAUAUUAAAGUUUAGAAGUGCUAUUGUAGAUAUUAGAACAACCAUCGAACGAGAAGGGUCUUUGCACGAAUUUGAGAUGGCCAGCGUGGUAAAUCUGCUGCCCAAAUCAGUGGAUGAAGCAAAGUCACUCAUACCGUCACUCUGGCGCAUUCCAGAUGAACGUAUUGACGACAUACUGGAAUUGCUAGAGGGAUACAGAGCUCAGUCGUGAUUAAUCUUUUCACGUAAGAAAGUCACAGAGAACAUCAAUGUUCGUGCUUUAUGCGUAAAAUCUGACUUAUCACGAGAGA